AUGUCGGGAGAUGAGAAGGUUCAAACCGUCCUACGGGAUCUCAUCUAUGCCAACCAUAUCCUCCACUACCAUGGGGUGGUCGACGCAUACGGUCAUGUAUCAGUCCGCCACCCCAAUGACCCAUCCGUCUACCUGAUGUGCGGCUACAUGCCUCCAGCAUUGGUCGCAAGUCCCUCUGACCUGAUUUACUACAAUGUCAAGGACUCAUCAACUGUCGACCCGGACUCCCCCAAGGGAUAUUCUGAGCGGUUCAUUCAUGGCGAACUCUUCAGGCGCUUCCCAUCGAUCAACUGCGUCAUUCAUUCGCACGCCGAAGAAGUCCUUCCCUACGUCGUCACGGGCGUGAAAUUGAAGUCCGUAUAUCACAUGUCGGGAUUCUUGGGCCGUGAAGGUGUGCCGGUGUUCGACAUCGAUCCCUUGUACGAGGAGGGCGACCAACGAGAUAUGCUGGUCAACAACGCGCGUUUGGGAGAAGGGUUGGCCACCAACUUUGCCAAGGACCCUGCUGCUACAGAACCCGACGAGACAGUGGUGCUGAUGAGAAGGCACGGGUUCACCUGCGUGGGAAGGGACAUCGUGACCGCGGUGUAUCGGGCCAUCUACACACGGAUCAACGCCGAGGCGCAGACCAAGGCAAUGGCGAUCGCCAAGCAUAACCCGGAUCCUCAGGGACAGCUUGCGUAUGGAGAUGGGUUUGAGGCAAUCACUGAGGGACAGGUGAAGGGAACCAAGGUUAUGUGUGAGAAGUUCCAAGAUAAGCCGUGGAGGCUUUGGGUGAGAGAAGUCGAGAGAAAUCCGCUAUAUGAGAACAGCUUGGGCCCCAAGCAAGAUAUCUCGUGA